UGAUAAGGCUCUGGGGCGCCGUUGCGGAUCUUUGCCAGGUCGUCGCUCCCUGGCUCUGCCGUAGCGCCGCCGCAGAGGAUCCCUGGCCGUCCCGGAAAUGCUUUCGGCCGGCGCCAACAUGGCUGCGGCCCUGCGGGCUGUGGGCGCACUGCCCCGCCAGCCGCUGGUGCAUGGCAGCUCGAGGGCCUGUCAGGCGUGGAGGUGCCAGUCGGGGGCAGCGGCGGCCACCAAAGAGAAAGUACAUCAUGCCAAGACUGCAAAACCCCAAGCUCAACCAGAAAGGAGGAAGCCCAAAACUGGCAUAUUAAUGUUGAACAUGGGAGGCCCCGAAACCCUCGGAGACGUUCAAGACUUCCUUCAAAGGCUCUUCCUGGACCGAGACCUCAUGACACUUCCCAUUCAAAACAAGCUGGCACCGUUCAUCGCCAAACGCCGAACCCCCAAAAUUCAAGAGCAGUAUCGCAGGAUUGGAGGUGGAUCCCCCAUCAAGAUGUGGACUUGCAAGCAAGGAGAAGGCAUGGUGAAGCUGCUGGAUGAGCUGUCCCCUGACACAGCGCCUCACAAAUACUAUAUUGGAUUCCGGUAUGUCCAUCCUUUGACAGAAGAAGCAAUUGAAGAGAUGGAGAGAGAUGGACUAGAGAGGGCCAUUGCUUUCACACAGUAUCCACAAUAUAGCUGCUCCACCACAGGCAGCAGCUUAAAUGCCAUUUACAGAUACUAUAACGAGGUGGGCCGGAAGCCCACCAUGAAGUGGAGCACAAUUGACAGGUGGCCCACACAUCCCCUCCUCAUCCAGUGCUUUGCAGACCACAUUCUGAAAGAACUGGACAAUUUUCCACGGGAGAAGAGAAGCGAGGUGGUCAUUCUGUUUUCCGCCCACUCCCUGCCAAUGUCUGUUGUCAACAGAGGGGACCCCUACCCCCAAGAGGUGGGUGCCACUGUCCAUAAAGUCAUGGAAGAGCUAGGUUACCCCAACCCAUACCGACUGGUUUGGCAGUCCAAGGUCGGCCCAGUACCCUGGUUGGGUCCUCAAACAGAUGAGGCUAUCAAAGGGCUUUGUGAGCGGGGGAGGAAGAAUAUCCUCUUGGUUCCAAUAGCGUUUACCAGUGAUCACAUUGAGACGCUUUAUGAACUGGAUAUUGAAUACUCUCAAGUGUUAGCCAAGAAGUGUGGAGCUGAAAACAUCCGAAGAGCGGAGUCUCUUAAUGGAAAUCCAUUGUUCUCUAAGGCCUUGGCUGAUUUGGUGCACUCACACAUCCAGUCAAACAAGCUGUGCUCCACGCAGUUGCCUCUGAGCUGUCCGCUCUGUGUAAAUCCUGUCUGCAGGGAGACUAAAUCCUUCUUCACCAGCCAACAGCUGUGACCCUGCCUGAGGACCCGUGGGACUUGCAGAUGUACAGCCUCCAGACACCUCUGAUGGGAACGGAAGCCGCAUUUGUCUGUGCACAGCCAUAGGCACAGACUAUGCUUUCUUUUAUGCCUUCAUUUUAUUUUAUUUCUUGCUUCCCUAUGUAGUUCAUGCUGGCCUCCAGUGGGCCUCCUGCUCCCAUUUCCCGAGUGCUAGCUAGCAUCACAGACUUGCAAAACUGUGUUUCUUGGGGAAUGGACUCUGAAACUGUUACUGAGAUCUCUAUUUUCAUAUACAUGUACAGUGAACACUCACAACUCCUUCUAGGAUCAGCUUAAGAAUGUGGAAUGUCUACUGGAGCAUCCCAGGAAUGAGGUUUAAAUUUUCAUCUUAUGAGGCACACAUAGAUUCUGCACUUAUUACCCAAAACAACCUCCUAAAAUAUUGUGGUGAAUGUCUUCUGUGUGCUACCCGUGGUGAGUGAGAUUUUACAGUGUCAUAGCCAUAGCUGUGGCUUAAGUGAAUAUAGUGAAUUUAAUUUGUAAAAUAAUUGGGCUGAGGGCAUAGCUUAGUGAUUGUGUGCUUGCCUUGCAUUCAUGAGGCUCCCAGUUUGAUCCCCAGGCCUGAGUGCAAAUAUCACGUUACCUACUCUUUCCCUGAGUCCAUGGGUACAGGAAUGCAGGUGAGUGGGCGUGGUCACCUGUUGUAGCUUCAGUUGUCAGUGCAGCCACCUUUCUUUGGCAAUUGUGGUGUCUGUGGAAGAGUCUCAUUUUCCUCCCUGGAAACUGAAACAAGUGCGCAUUUCGGGAGUGCUCAGAGAUUCCCCAGGUGCAUAGCCUAAUAAACGUGUGCAAAUUCAGUCCUUGCUGCAUAUGCCUUAGUCUGAGUCGAUGGUACCUCAGGGAAGGGAGCUCUGUCUGCUUCCUAUCUCCAAGGACAGUGCCACCAGGAAAUGCUACUGAUGGAUUUGGUCUCAUCUCCCUGGGGCCAAGGAGCAGCUUCGUCCUGAUCUUAGUUGAGUGCCUCUAUUUUCUGCUCACUUGUUUGAAACUUAAAUUUUAUAAAGUUGACUGUGUCUGAUAACCUUGAAUUUUCUUUGUUAAGUUUUUAUUAUAAAAUAAUAUAGUCAUAGAAUAGGACAUUUGUAAAACACAAAGAAGAGAAGUAGCCUCUAAUGUAAUAACGUUUUAUUCCAGUCUUUCCCUGUGGAUAUUAUGUGUAUGCAUAUAUUCUUUGAGAAUUUCAACAUACUCCGUCAUGGUCACCCUCUUUCCUCUCCCAACUCCUGCCUGCCUGAAUUUGUAAUGAAAAGUUGUUCUAAAACUGUAAAAAUUAUGUCAGAGCAGAAUCUGAUCUUCUGUAUUUGGGUUUAAAUGGAUUUGAAAGUCUUUGGGAUCCUGGAAGGAUUUGUAAUAAUCACUUUCUCUAAAACUUUGUUCUUCAAAAAGAACCUUUCUUUGAGGUUUUUUUUUUUUUUUUUUUUUUUUUUUUUUAAUAAAUAAACAGCUCAUAAAGCGGAAGUAAUUAGGAGGGUGCAUAGAUAAUCUAUUCUCAGGAUUUACUGGAAAUAAACAUUAUGCUUUAGCCUG